AUGGAGCUCUUCCGUGAGAUGUCUGAAAGAGGGUUGAAUGGCGACGCUGUCACUUACAACACUCUUAUCCAAGGGUUUUUUCAAGCUAGAGAUUGUGAUAAUGCCCAAAAAGUAUACCAAGAGAUGGAAUCUGAUGGUGUGCCUCCCGAUACUAUGACGUACAACAUUUUGUUAGAUGGACUUUGUAACAACGGGAAGCUAGAGAAAGCAAUGGUGUUAUUCCAGGAUCUGCAAAAGAGUGAAAUGGAACUUGAUAUUGUCAGAUAUAGUAUUAUGAUUGAAGGGAUGUGCAAAGCUGGGAAGGUGGAAGAUGGGUGGACUUUUUUUUGUAGCCUCAGCCUUAAAGGAGGGAAGCCUGAUGUUAUAACCUUCAAUACUAUGAUCUCAGGAUUUUGUGGAAAAGGCUUAAUGCAAGAAGCAAAUGCCUUGUUCGAAAAAAUGAAAGAAGACAGGAUUCUCCCAGAUGAUUGUACGUAUAAUACACUGAUCAGGGCACAACUUAGAAAUGGUGACAAAGCUACAUCAGCAGAACUCAUCAAAGAAAUGAGGAGUUGCAGAUUUGCUGGGGAUGCUUCAACAUUUAGUUUGAUCACUGAUAUGUUGUAUGAUGGGAGAUUGGACAAAAGCUUUCUAGACAUGCUUUCUUAA